AUGAAUGUGCGACGAUUUUGUAAUGUUCACAACCUCAAGCGAGUAGUAUCUGAUGCACAGUUGGAAAUUGCCGUUUUGUCAGCAAUUGAAGAGACUGGCUCAACAUUUGGUCGAAAGUAUAUGACUGGUUACCUGGCAACCAAACGGAUUGUUGCUGCAGAAAAUCGGGUUGGAAAAACCCUGUGCGGAAUGGCGAGACCCUACCACGAAAUGAGAUGCAAGGGCCUGCGGAACUUCAAUCCUAUGCCAUACUAUGCUGCCUAUAUGGGGCACAAACUCCAUUUAGACCAAAACGAGAAACUUGCAAUGUUUGGCGUGACGCAUGUGAUUGCCAUAGAUGGAUACUCCAGCAAAGUAGUGGCACAUGCAACAAUGCCUGUAAAGAAUAACCUCAUUAUUUAUGAGGAUGUUUACAGGUCUGCUGUGGUAAACUAUGGAAUGUGGGAUCAGGUGUGUGUUGACCACGGCAAGGAAUUCUAUUUGACACUCUUCAUUCAGGAAAUUAUUGCAUCCCCGAGACAUUGUCAGGACAAACCACCAUACUACCAAAGCACGUCAACAAAGAAUCAUAAAGUUGAGCGGAUGUGGCCUGAGGUUAAUAGCAAGGUCAAUUACCCACUGAAAGAGGCCCUUAUCCACCUUACAGAGCAAGAACUCCUGGACAUGGACUGCAACAUCAGCAGAUACUGUGUGUCUAACCUGACUAGACAACUUUCUGAACUGGGCAUGAGGAGAGUAAUCGACACUUGGGAUGCACACAGAAUUCCUGGUAUGGUAAAACCAUUUACAGAAAAAAAACCAUAA